UUCCCGCCUAAAAUUAUGCUAUUUGGUGGACUUUUAAGUUACUUCAAAAGCCUUUUGGGUAGUAGAGAGAUGCGUAUUUUGAUACUUGGUUUGGAUGGUGCUGGAANCAAAAAAUUUUUUUUUAUUGUGAACGCAACGUUUCUGUUACUUCAAAUUCAAUUAGUAACAUGCAUACUUGUUAUUAUUAAAACUAUUGGUUUUAAUGUCGAACAAGUUACCUACAAAAACCUGAAAUUUAGUGUCUGGGAUCUUGGUGGCCAGACAAGCAUUAGACCAUAUUGGAGAUGUUAUUAUUCCAAUACCGAUGCUAUAAUUUAUGUGGUUGACAGUGCAGAUAAGGACAGAAUUGGAGUUUCUAAACAUGAGUUAGUUUCUAUGUUGGAAGAGGAAGAAUUAAAGAAGGCAAUUUUAGUAGUAUUGGCCAAUAAACAGGACAUCGAAGGUGCUUUAACUGUUCCUGAAGUCCAUCAAGCUUUAGGAUUAGAUGCAUUGAAAAGUCGUACUUUCCAAAUUUUCAAGACAUCUGCUGUAAAGGGUGAAGGCUUAGACGAAGCAAUGGAAUGGUUAUGUAAUAUGCUUACAAACAACAAAUAAAAGUAGGAGGGAAAAUAGACUGUGUGAAAACCUCUAGAAUUCCUAAGCACUACUUUAUACAUUGUGCAGAUGAACAUUUCCAGUGGCCUGACAGCUAUGGAACAACCACAUUCAUCCAUGCCUUCCACUAUUUUAACAUUUCCAUUCAUGCAUAUUCUUGUAUAAACCCCCAGGCCUUUCAUGUAAAUAUCUAGUCAUUCAAAAUAUCAGAAAAUUCAUGUACUGGCUUUUGUUCAUUAUCAUUCUUUAAUUUUAUUAGCAUUAGAUGUUAUUUAAGUAUGAGUAUAGAAAGCGCCAAUAUCAUAUUCAUUUUAACAAUUUUUUACUCUCAUUGGUUUCUUUUCUUUUUUGGUCACAGACUAAAUUUACUCCUUUUUUAUUGUUUUCUGUCUAAAACCUUUAUUAACAAAUAUUCUCUAAAAUUAAGUUUUUACUAUAAAAAUACUUUUCUAUAGUGCCUGAAAAGUAAUUAAAUGCAACCUUGUUAUUGAGCAUUUUUCAAAAAGUUUAUUUGUGGCAUAUUUUAAAUAUAAAUUUUGCAUUUUAUGGCAAGUGCUGUGAAUUUGAAAUGUUUCUAAAUAUAAGAAGACUGUUAUAAAAUUUAUAAUAAUAAGUUUUAAAAUUUUCACAUAUAUUUUCUAUUUUCAGUGAAUUUUCUAUUUUGAGGAAAUUUAUUCGCAUAUUUUAGUGUUUUAUAAUUUCAACUUAUAUAAAUUUACUAACUCUCUUUAAUUUACAAUACUCAUUUUUAACUGGUUGCAUGUUAAUUUUUUUGUUUUCAAUAAUAGUUUUUUUAAUGAAAGCAAUAAAAAAUUUUUAGAAUGACGAUAACAUACUAAUAAAACCUAAUAAAUGUCUUCUUGUCAUUCUAAACUUUAAUCUAAAAGUCUAACAUUUUUAUUGAAUACUUAUUAAAAUACUUUUUUAAACAGACUAGGAUUUAUUUCUCUAUAUAUUUGCAAUAUUUAAUAAUGUGCCUUAUCAGAUAGAUUUUUGUCCAAAAAAAAAUUAGGGGCUUUAAUUUAUUUCUAAUAUAAUUACCUUUUUUUAGUGCUUAAUAGUAUAUUCUGUGUUUGACUAGAUGUUAAAGCUUUCUUAAUUAUUCUUUUAUUCUUCUGUUUUACUUUAUUCUUACUCAAAACAGUCCUAAAUGAGUCAUCAAUAUAUUUUUUGAUUGUUCAAAGAAGUUUUAACAUUUGUGUAUAUCUUUGACAUACACAGUGUUUACAUUUUAUACACAAUUAGGCUGCUUUUCUUUACAAUUUUUCUUCAACAAAUUUUUGUAUUUAAAUAAUUGGAUCAAUAAAAGAUGGUUUCUUGA